ACUGUUUCGAAUAUUUGGUGCGGAUGUUAGAACGGAAAGUAGCGGUUGUUUGAAGUGAAAAAUUCGACUUUGUGCUGAGGAAAGCUAAAGGUUUUGAAUAAAAGCGGCAUUAUUUCGCGUGUUGCACAUUCGCUUAGUUCAUUUGUUACAUUUGAAUCGCGUAAUAAAUACUAAAUUGAGCUCUACAGUGUUGAAUUUAUUAAUUGCAACGCAAAUAUUUCGCCAAAGUGCUUGUCGUCUGCAUAAUUAGUUUUGUGCAACCAAAUAGUUAGAGUAGCACCGCAAGCGGAAAUGCUGCCCGCGGCCCGCCUUAGUGGGAGUGAGAUGAAUAUAUAAAUUGCGCAGGGCUUUUGCUUAUCAGUCCGAAUUUUGUUUUUGUUUCACAUUAAAAUCGCGUUUUGUUUAUUCGAAUCGGGGAAAAAAUACAACAAUGGAUGGUCGAGUGAAUGUGUGAAUUGUUUAAUAAUAGUAGAAAUGUGAGAGUGUGUGCGCGUUCAAAACGCCGGUAAAACAACAAUUUCAUCAAUCGAAUUGAUUUAAUGCAAUCAAGUGAUUAAGAAUUGCUUUCUGUCAGAAUUAAUUGACACUUCGAAUAUUAAACGUAUAUAUGCAUGUGUGUAUGUGCAACUUCCCCUAUUGCUUGCCACAGUGCGUCGUCUGCGAAUACACAUUCAAAGCGUAUUUGUAAAAGUGUAAAAAGUGCGAGAAAAUGAAAAAAUACUACGUUGAUGUGGUGUGUGUGUUGCAAUUGUUUGUGGGAAAAUUCAUGAAAUAAAGUAAACAGUGCUCGGUUAUUCAUCAAAGGAUUAACUACAAAGAGGACACAGAUUGCAAUUUAGACAAGUGACAGCGGGGUGCCGAAUCGAUUGUGCACCACAGGAGACUACGCAUAGUCCAACAGUAGAUAGUAGAAAUGUGGACUCGUCUGUCGACAGGCGUGUGGUCACGCAAAUGGCAACAAACACACCAGCAACCGCAGCUGCUGCAGUUGCAUGUAAUCGUAUUGGGAAUUUUGGCAUCAUUAUUGCUGCAAACGCAUUCUUCGUUAGCAAGUCAAGCGCUUACCUUCAAAAUUGAACCUCAGGAUGUGGUCGUGCCGGAAGGACAUUCGGUGUUGCUGCAAUGCGGUGGAGUUGCACAAAACGGCAAGUCUGGUAAGAUACAACCAAUUAUACGUUGGCGUGGGCCAGAUGGCCAGGAUUUGGGCAUCGUCGGCGACACGUUUCGCAACCAGUUGAAUAACGGUUCGUUGUACAUAAGCUCCGUGGAGGAAAAUCGCGGUUUGACCGGCUCCUAUCAGUGUCUGCUCAGCGCCGACGGCAUUGGUACGAUUGUUAGUCGUGCGGCAGUCGUGUCUAUAGCGCGGUUGUCGGAUCUCAAUCAAGACUUUAUCGAAACAUAUUUAUUACCCGGCCAAACGGCGUAUUUCCGUUGCAUGGUGGGCGAAGUUCAACCGGGCAUUAAACACAUCGUACAAUGGCUAAAGGAUGACAUGCCGCUUGUGCUGGACAAGUUGCGCAUGAUCGUGCUGCCGAAUGGCGCCUUAGAAAUCGAUGAGGUGGGCAUUGGGGAUCGCGGCGCUUAUCAGUGUAAUGUGACCUCUGGCAGCAUAUCGCGUUUAAGCAGCAAAACUAGCCUGAAUAUUAAAAAACCCACAGAUCCCAGCAGUGAAAAUUUGGUUGCGCCGUCGUUUCUUGUGGGACCUUCGCCGAAAACCGUGAAGGAGGGAGACAGCGUCACCUUGGAUUGCGUGGCGAAUGGCGUUCCGAAACCACAAAUUAAAUGGUUGCGCGACGGCGCUGAACUCGACCUUAGCGAUCUUGACUCGCCAUUCUCCAUCAUCGGCACGGGCUCAUUGCAAAUAUCUUCGGCGGAGGACAUAGAUUCCGGAAACUACCAGUGUCGUGCCAGUAAUACAGUCGAUUCGCUUGAUGCACAGGCCACCGUGCAAGUGCUGGUGCCGCCUAAAUUCAUCAAGAGUCCAAAAGACAAGACCGCUCAUGAAAAGGAGGAGUUGGAGCUGGAGUGCGCGAUACGUGGCAAACCAAAGCCGUUAAUUCAGUGGUUGAAGAAUGGCGAUGUGAUCACCCCCAACACGUAUAUGCAACUGGUCGGUGGCCACAAUUUACGCAUUUUCGGUCUGCUGCAGUCCGAUGCCGGCAUGUUCCAAUGUGUAGGCACCAAUCCGGCUGGCAGUGUCCAAGCGGCGGCUCGCUUGCGCGUCGCUCAAACAGGCAAAUCCAAAAAAUACCGUCCAUCCGCUUCCCAAACACCCAAAUCUCCAUUACUUCCAUCAGCUUCGCCUAUACGCCGUCGCAAGGGGGGCGGAUCUAAGGCGAUCGAUCCUUUUGACACAUUCGGCGAUGCUAUUGACAAUUCAAUGGGGUCGACACGUAGGCUCUCCAAAAGCGCUCUGGAUAGUUUACUCUCGCAGAGAGGCAGAAAAUUGCCACGACCAGAGAGACCGCAAAAUGACAAUAGUUAUGGCGAAUAUGCCUCACUGAAAGAACUAGAACAAUUAGACAUGGAAGAUACGGACAGUUCAAUGGAGUUACCCACUAGCACACAGGAGUUCAACGUAGCCGAUGACGAAGGUGAGGGCGACAACGACAACAAUGACGAAGACAAUGAAGACGAUGACGAAUAUGACGAUUUAAACGACAAUCAAGAAUUCAUUGACGCUUACAAUCACGGCGACGAUCCCAACAAAGUACUGAACUCUUGGAAGAAUAAAAAUAAGAAACAAUUAUCCUCAGCCACAUCCAAUUCACAAGCGGCGUCAUCAAGUUCCUCCUACUUAUCCUCAGAUUUAGAUGGACUCGAAGGCAGCAUUGGCAUAACUGGUGUUGGGAGUGUAGACGGAGGUGUGGACAUUCCACAGUCCGGCGGUGGAGUUACACACAUCCAUGGUGCUCUGUUGAACCGUUUGCCGGGACCGCCGCACGACUUGGUUGCGCAAAUAGUGAAACCACGUUUCGUAACACUAAGUUGGAUGGAGCCGAAGAAGAACCCCGUGGAAGUUGUCUCCUACACAGUAUUCUAUAAAAUGAGCAACAGCGAACGCGAACAGAAAAUCGUAACCAAAUCGCACGAUGACCAACAGGUGAACAUACAAAAUCUGCUGCCUGGGAAAACCUAUCAAUUCCGUGUGGUGGCCAAUACGAACUUUGGACCCGGAGAUUCCUCAGAGGUUUUGGAGGUGCGCACUCAACCGGAAGAAAAUAUUGCCGGUCCACCUCGCAACGUCGAAGGAUAUGCGAGUAGCGAAAGAGAGAUUUUUGUAAAAUGGGAUUCUCCCACUGUAACCAAUGGCGAGAUUUUGAAAUACCGCAUUUACUAUUCCGAGAAUGACAGUGGCGCUGAGAUGUACCAUGAUAGCACCUCUCUGAGUGCUGUGAUCUCGGAACUUCGUCCGUAUACCGAUUACACUAUUAGCGUGGUGCCAUUCAAUAAGAACGGCAUGGGCGAUCCCUCAAAUGAGAUAAAGGUCAAGACCUUCUCCUCUACACCAACUGAAGCGCCCAAUAAUGUAACACUAGAAGUAACGAGUUCGACGUCCGUCACAGUGCACUGGGAGCCACCAGCCGAGGAGGAAAGAAACGGUCAAAUCACCGGCUAUAAGAUUCGUUAUCGUAAACUCAAAGACACACCACAGGUGAAGAGUACACCAGCGAACAUACGCUACUUCGAAUUGAAAGGGCUUGACCGGCACUCAGAGUAUCAAAUAAAAAUCGCCGCUAUGACAGUAAAUGGUUCGGGCCCGUUCACAGAAUGGAAUCGUGUCAUGACUUUGGAAAACGAUCUGGACGAAACACAGGUGCCCGGUAAACCGGUUUGGAUCGGCAUACAUCCAGGUGGUGAUAACAUUGCUUUACAUUGGGGCCCGCCACAACAGCAUGAAAUCAAGAUACGCAGUUAUGUAUUGGGCUGGGGUCGUGGAAUACCCGAUGAGAACAUCAUAGAGCUGAAAGAAUCCGAACGUUAUUAUGUAUUGAAAAAGUUGGAAUCAAAUACGGAAUAUGUGGUCUCGUUGCGCGCACGAAACAGCAAAGGUGAUGGUCAGCCUAUUUAUGACAACAUAAAAACACGUGACGAGGAACCGGUCGACAUACCGGUGCCGCUUGAAGUGCCUGUCGGCCUACGCGCGAUCACCAUGUCCAGCUCAUCCAUUGUCGUCUACUGGAUAGAUACGACGCUGAGCAAAAAUCAACAUGUCAUCGAUAAUCGUCAUUACACCGUACGCUUUGGCAUCUCCGGCUCUAGUCGGUUCCGCUAUCACAACACGACCGACCUCAAUUGCAUGAUCAAUGACCUGCGUCCAAACACGCAGUAUGAGUUCGCUGUUAAGGUGGUGAAGGGUCGUCGUGAGUCUGCAUGGUCCAUGUCGGUAUUGAAUAGUACAUAUCAGAAUGUGCCAAUUACACCGCCACGUGAGCUCACCGUGCGACCUGAUGAACAGAAUCCACAAACUGUCAUUUUACAAUGGUUGCCACCGAAGCACAGCCUUGGCCAAAUAACCGGCUACAACAUUUACUACACAACCGAUACAACGAAAAGGGAUCGCGACUGGUCCAUUGAAGCAUUCGCCGGGGACGAGACCAUGAUGAUGCUGCCAAAUUUGAAACCGUACACAACGUAUUACUUCAAGGUGCAAGCGCGUGUGGGGAAAGGUGCCAGUAAUGCGCCCUUCUCAGCGCUCGUGGCUUAUACGACUCCGGCGGCGGUGGUGAUGCAGGAGCCAAAGCCGAUCGCCAAAGGCAUUAGUAAUGAGAUCAUCAUAUACUCCGUGGCCGGGGCGGUUGUAUUUCUAGUUGUUAUUUUUGUGGGAAUCAUGUUUGUUGUGUGCCGACGAAAGCCUCAAUCCACUCCCGAUCACAACAAGAAGAGGUACGAAGAUAGCUAUCAAAAUGUUGGAGUUCCAAAGCCGCCAGAUCUCUGGAUACAUCACGAUCAAAUGGAGCUGAAGAAUAUUGAUAAGAAUAUACACAGCACAACACCUGUAUGUAGCGAUGGCGCUUCGAGUAGCGGUGCCUUAACAUUGCCACGCUCUGUGGUGCACGAAUACGACGUAGACACGCCUGUGCCGGUUACCAACUCGCUGGACAAACGAUCCUAUGUACCCGGUUAUAUGACUACUUCAAUGAACUCUACUAUGGAACGGCCACAGUAUCCGCGCACCCAAUACAACAUUUCCGCCAAUCGUUCGCAUAUGACUGUCGACACGGGGCACUCACAACAGAGUUUGACCCAGCAACCGGGCUCUUUGGCUCAGACACCCGAACAUCCUUACGGUUAUGAGGGCAAUUUCUGCAAUCCCGGUUAUCCGAAUGGUGGCGGCGGCGCCGGUCCAGGUGGCGGUCCCACAAUUAAUGGUGGCGUUUCUACUAUCGAGAGUGCAAAGCGUGGUCACCCAUUGAAGAGUUUUAGUGUGCCAGGUCCACCACCAACGGGGGCUGCAACACCCGUCAACAAACACACACCUGCCGUAACAAUACGUCCACAAAACCAGUCACCCUACAAGAAGCCCUCCUUCUCCGCUGCCACGCCCACAAAUCGAUUGCAAGGCGGCUCGUCUGUGGCACACUCCAACGAUGAAAUACAACGAUUAGCGCCCAGCACCUCAACGGAAGAGCUGAAUCAAGAAAUGGCCAAUCUGGAAGGACUCAUGAAGGAUCUGAGUGCAAUAACGGCGAAUGAAUUCGAAGUUUAACAGUAAACGAAUGAAAUAGGAAUAAAUAUACGCCAAACGAAAGUGUCUAUGGACGAAAUGUGUGCUUCAGCUAAGAAAACUUAGAAAUGCGCAGCUAACAGAAAUGAGAAAAGUGGUGAAUGAAAGGUUUUCAAAGGAAACAAACAGAAACGAAAAACGACAAAAACCUCGACUAUACUUAAUCAAAAUGAAAACAAACAAACAAACAAAUGAACAUAUUAACAAUUCUCUUUCGUUGUCGUUCGUCUUAAAUUUGCAGUUUUCAACAGAAUAUCCGCUGAAUGAAUUUCAGCAUAGGGUUUGGCUGCUAUUUUUAUUGCCAUUAAUUAAUAAUAUUUAAAGUUUAGGAGCUAGUGCAUACAUUUAAUUGAUAACAUUAAUUUCGUGUAAGUAAGAUUAAAUUGGAUUUUUAUACAAGCGUUGAGAGGAGUAAUGCUAAAUGCUUAACGAUUAGUGAUUAAUGGAUUUCUAAGUUUAAAGUGCUGCUUAAGUAAUUUCGAAAUUUCGAAAAUUUAGUUUAAGAGUGCUACUGAUUUUAUUUUAACUUUUAUUUUUAUUUAAAUGAAAAAAAUUCGUGACAUGUACAUAACCGUAAUAUGUAAGAGCGCUGUCAUAUAUAUAUAUGUAUAUGUAUUUAUCGACAUUUUACUGAGUAAGCAAAUUGAAAGAAAAAUUGAUGUUUUUGCUUAAAAAUAAUAGCGUUAAUACCAGGGCCAGGGCUAUAUUAAUAAGGAAACCCGAAAACGAUAACGAAAACGGAAACAUUUAAAUUAAUUUAUAUUAAAAUUGAAAAUAAUUUAAAUACAAAACACAAAUUGUUGAAUCGUACGCAGAAGACACUCCGAAACAGAUCUAAUGUGAAACUCUCAAAAUGUUAACAUGUAUGCAUGCUUACUUAUGUAUGUAUGUAAGUGUAUAUUAAAUAGGCGUAAGGAAUACUAUUGUGCCGUACAGUAUGAGGUAUCCCGGUACCAUUGCGACCCACAUACAGUUUGGCGCUAUAGCCUGCACUGUAAAAACGGUUAUUGUAGUGUUGUUCCAAAGUGUUUUAGCUAAAAAACAGUUGUCGGUUAUGAACGCAAGCCCUUCCAGUGCCAUAGAAUUUGGGCUAUAUUCAUUAAUAACAUUACGACAAGAGACCACAAAUUUGCACUGCAAAUAAGUCAAACCAACGGGAACCUACUGCCAGUAUAUGUGUGGGAACUACAUACACAUGUUAAGCUAUUGAAUGUACAUGUGACUAUCUCAAACUCUACGUAAAUGUAUUUGCACUUUAUAUUUAAAUUUGCACAACUGAAACUACUUGCCGUUCUAUGCAUAUACUUGCUACUGAAAUCUUCUUAAAAAUAAAAACAAAACAGAAAUCUAGAUUUAAUGUUACAAACGUGCAUUUAUAUGAAAAUGUCGUGUUCUUGCAAACAAAAAAUUUUACUACAAAAUUGUUCACCAACUAGCUAUUUAGUUUUAGUAAUACAACAACCUCUCACUUUAGUGUAAUUAACUGUAAUUGUUUUUCCUCGUCCAAACCAAACAUUUCGUUUGAGUUUUCUUUCGUUUCUUCACAUAACGUGCCAUUUACACUGCUCAUAAAUACUUUUUUUAUAAAAUUUCAAAAAAGAUAUGCUUAGACAUAUGUAAUAACGGACAGCCUGACAUCCUGCUACUUGUCAUCCAAGUUGUGUUAAACUAUUCUCCAGAAGAAAAAGGUCUUUUGGAAUGUAAAGCUAAAAUGCCUACAAAUCUACUACUUAGCCCAAUGCAUAGCUGAACGUUUCUAAAAACCAAAAUCCUAAAGCAUGAAACAAUUGAAAUAGCGGUUCAUAUUAAAAAUUACAAAAAUAUUAUUUUUGUGUUAUGCACAAAAUUGUGACAUUUUUAAUCGUUUAUGGAAUCGUUUUUUUGCGAUCAAAGGUUUUGAAAGUCACAUACUUUUUAUGCAUUUAAAAAGCCUUAUGUUGAGCUGCACAAAUAUCGAAGUUUAUUGAAUUUUUUCUAAGAAUAAUUAUAAUAAUUACGCAUGUAUAUCAUUUGUAAAAAUAAUACAUACAUACAUAUGCAUAUGUAACACGAUACCCAACUCACGUAUGAUUACUACUGCAUGCCAGAACACUGCAUUUACAGAAUUUCAAAUGUUUUUGGAAAAACAAACGGUGCAAAAUCAGUUCGUAAGUGAUGUAACCCGCAGAGAAAUGUUGAAGGCUCCUGUUAAGUUAAAUUUUAAAUUAAAUUCAAAAGUAAAUAAUCAUUUGCCAUACCUACUCGAAUAAAAAUUAAGUUCCAUAUAUGUAUAUUUAUGAUAUAUCUCUUAAAAAAAACACGAAUCAUAUACACACACACACAUACAUACAUAUUUCUCUACUUCGUAAAUCAUAUAAU